UUACUUUCCGGAGGGAGGAGAACUUCAAAAUAUAUUAGACGAAAUGGCAACAGCGGACUGGAAUCCUUUGGGAGAAGUAUAUUAUAAGAAAUGUGAAGUGUAUUCUAUGGGUUGGAGUGAAAUAGUUGAUUUAAACAAAUUUGAAGUGUCAUCUGCUCCUUACGGUGGACCAAUAGCAUUGUUGAAGGAUGAAGCUAAAGCAGCACAAGUACAGGUGGUCACCAAACCUAUUGUCUCAGUUUUUACUGCAGCUGGGAGGCAGAUCAGUCAAAUGAGGUGGAACAGUGGUAAAAUUUGUAAGAUGGGCUGGUCCCACACUGAGGAGCUACUGUUUGUACAGGAUGAUGGAGUGGUGUUGAUGUAUGACAUGUUCCUCACUUUCAAAAAGACAUUUGGUAUGGGCCAGGAAGCAAAGGAUGUGAAGGUGAUAGACUGUAAAAUAUUCAGCAGUUACCAAGGAACUGGUAUAGCAGUACUGACCAGUACCUUUAGAGUAUACAUUGUCAAUAAUGUGGAUGAGCCUAGGAUCAGGAGAUUGGCUGAGGUUCCAGGUCUUUCUUCAAACCCCAGUUGCUGGACAAUAAUUAAUUUAGAUCGACAGUCCAGAGCGCUGAUUGCCAAAGAAAGUGAACUUUUUCUGAUUGACCAUGGAGGACAGUAUCAAGUUCAGACCCCUGAAGUCUCUACAGAAGUUUCAAAGUUCUUGGAUAUGUCUCUCUCAUUCAACAACCGUUUCCUUGCCAUGUUUACAGACAAGGGGGUGAUAUGGAUAGGCUCCUCAGAUCUUCAGAAAAAAUACUGUGAAUUCAACACAAAAUCUCCAACUCCACCUCAGCAACUCUCUUGGUAAGCCAGAGAUUUCUCUUACUAUACUACUAUUUGCUACAAAAUA